AUGGCAGGGAAAGGCAUUAAAAACUUACCCGAUUUCAACCCAUCAGAAGCAGGGGCGCCGGAGUGGGAACUCUACAAGCGUGAUUUUCUAAUACAUCUAAACGCUUUAGGACUUGAUGAUAAACCCGGCAGACGAAAGGUUGGUGCUUUGUUAUCAAACAUGGGCAGAGACUCAGUGAAAAUAUAUGAUUCAUUUGUUUGGGCACCGGAAGUCCAACCUAACGAGGAUGCUGGUAUUCAGGCACGUGCUGCUGAAGAUAAACAUGACUUGAACACUGUAUUCAGAAAGUUUGAUCAGCAUUUUGGUGUUCACACAUACAGAAAUAUUAAAAGGCAAGAAUUUCUAAACACCAAGCGAGAGGCAAAAUCGAUCAUGGACUUUAUUGCGACGUUGAAACGGAAGGCCGAACAUUGUCAGUAUGUGGAACAGACUGAGGGGCUCAUAUGCGACAUGGUUAUCAAUGGCGUAAACGACAGGAAAUGUUCAGAAAAACUUAUGGAAAUUCCCGUCGCAGAUUUAACACUUGACAAAGUAAUUCAAACAUGCCGCCAAGUUGAGUUAACUGCAGCACAUCUGAAGAAUCUUGGGGCUGAAAAUCCAAAUGUAAACAUGGUACACAGAAGUCGGGGACGUGGUUCGACUAGGCAUAAGAGAGAUAGCGAAAGGAGCUACAAGGGAGACCACCCAUAUUGUAAAAGCUGUUGUAGACAUCAUGAAUAUAAACAACGCCCUGCGUAUAAUAAAUACUGUGACAACUGCGGUCAAAAGGGUCAUUUCAAGGCAUCCAGUGUUUGUAACCAGAAGUUUGACCGCGGUCGGACAAACCGUAGACCAUACAGAGGUGCGGGUAGAGGACACAGGGGCACUGGUAGAGGACACGACAGAGGAAGUGGUAACAAAAAGGUACAUUAUACCGAAAACCAGGAUGCCAGUCAGGACAAUAUCAGUGAAAUAUUUGAUCAGUGUACUGUGCAAGAUGUUUUCAAAACUGACGUGUUUAACAUCAAACAUCACAGCGACAAUGACUGGAAAGCACAUCUCGAUGUUAAUGGUCAAACAUUAACAGUUGAAAUCGACAGCGGAGCGCGAUGUAAUGUUUUGUCAAAGGACUCUGCGAGCAAAUUUCUGUCAGAUUCCCAGAUCGAGGAGAGCGAUGUAAUUAUAAAUGGCGUUAGCGGCAGACCGUUGAAAGCGUGCGGAAUGGUAACCCUCCCAUGCGCGUACAAAUCAGUCAAGCGACUGGUCGAGUUUCAAAUUUUGGACACUGCGACCAGAGUAAAUCUACUAGGUAGAGAGGAUUGUGUUCAGUUUGGACUCAUAGCCAGGGUAAACGAAGUAGAGCUAACUAUGGAAGGGAUAUUCCGUAGCUACGAUGACGUCGUAGGUGACCAGAUUGGGUGCAUACCGGGCGAGUACGAAAUAAAGAUAGACAAGAGUAUUACACCGGUUAUUCAUGCGCCGAGACCAGUACCUGUUAUCCUUCGCGAGCAAGUAAAGGCAGAGCUAGACAAUCUGCAGAAAUGUGGUAUCAUCUCUCCCGUGGAACAUCCAACUGAAUGGGUAAAUAGCAUGGUGUGUGUGAGGAAGAAAAACGGAAGAGUCAGAAUAUGCAUUGACCCAGGAGACCUUAAUAAGGCCAUACUCCGUGAACACUAUCCAAUGAACAGUAUUGAUGAUAUUGUAACCCGCGUACACGGCAGCAAAUACUUCUCAACCCUUGACGCUAACAUGGGAUACUAUCAGAUAAAGUUGUCAGAACAAAGUUCAUUUCUAACCACAUUCAACACGCCGUUUGGGCGUUACCGGUACCUACGUUUACCUAUGGGUCUGAAAUGUGCUGGAGAAGUUUUCCAACGCGAAAUGAUUACACAGUUUGGCAACCUGGAUGGUGUUGAGGUAGUGGUGGACGAUGUGCUGGUACACGGUAAGACAAUUGAAGAGCACAAUGCCCGUUUAGAGAAAGAGAAAGGUCCGUCAACCUCAAACUAA